AUGGUGGAGACCGAGUUUUUCACAGAGUAUGGUGAAGCAAAUCGGUAUCAAAUCCAAAAAGUAGUAGGGAAAGGGAGCUAUGAGGUGGUCUACUCAACGAUUAACACACAUAUUGGAAAAAAAGCUGCCAUCAAGAAGAUCAAUGACAUUUUUGAGCAUGUGUCAAAUGCAACUCGCAUCUUGCGGGAGAUCAAACUCUUGCGGCUUCUGCGUCAUCCCGGCAUUGUUGAGUUCAAGGACAUCAUGAUGCCUCCGUCCUGCUGGGAGUUCAAAAAUAUUUAUGUGGUGUUUGAACUGAUGGAGCCCAAUCUUCAUGAGUUUCUUCGUGCUUUGAAGUACAUUCAAAGAUUGAAUGUGUAUCAUCGGGACUUGAAGCCAAAGAACGCUCUUGCCAAUGCAGAUUGCAAGCUAAAAAUAUGUGAUUUUAUCCUUCACCCGGAGGCAGUACAAGGAGUUCGUAAUAAAAAGGCCAAAAGGUAUUUGAGAAGUAUGAGGAAGAAACAAUCACUCCCAUUCUCGCAAAAAAACCCAAAUGCAUACCUUCUAGCCAUUUGCUUGAUGCUCGCUUUUGAUACCAGAAAUAGUCCUAUAGUUGAGCAAGCUCUAGCUGAUCCAUGUUCCAUGGGACUUGCGAAAGUGGAGCGAGAAACAUCUGUACAACUUAUCACAAAGAUGGAGUUUGAAUUUGAAAGAAGAUGA